GCAGUCACUGAGAGCAGCCUGAGCUACUGUCUCGCUGGGUCCCGCCCCUCCCGGCACCUCCUGGUGCCGGCCCGAGGCGGUGCUACACUGUGCCCCGCCCCCGGGGAGCACUUCCGGCUCCGCGGAACUCCGGGUGCGGGGUGAGGUUGCGGGCGGACCCGGCCUGCAAUCUUGGCGACAGCUCCAUGAGCGCGGCUCUCCUGGUGGGCUACAGCAGCAGCGGCUCCGAGGAUGAGGCCGAGGCCACGAGUUCUGGACGGAGCAGGCCGGGGGCUGGGGGUGCCCACCGUGACCAGGGCUCCAUUCCUAGUCAGAGACUGCCAGUACCUGAUAGUGUGCUGAACAUGUUUCCCAACACCGAGGAGGGGCCUGAGGAUGAUAGCGCAAAACAUGGGGGUCGGAUACGCACUUUUCCCCAUGAGCGGGGCAACUGGGCCACUCACAUCUACAUACCAUAUGAAGCCACUGAGGAGUUCCUGGAUCUGCUUGACGUGCUGCUACCCCAUGCCCAAACCCAUGUGCCCCGUCUGGUACGAAUGGAGGAGUUCCACCUCAGCCUGUCUCAAAGUGUGGUCCUGCGCCACCACUGGAUCCUCCCCUUUGUGCAGGCGCUGAAAGAUCACAUGACCUCCUUCCAGAGAUUCUUCUUUACUGCCAACCGGGUUAAGAUUUAUACCAAUCAAGAGAAAACCAGGACCUUUGUUGGGCUCGAGGUUACCUCAGGGCAUAGCCAGUUCCUGGACCUGGUUUCAGAGGUGGACAGAGUCAUGGAGGAAUUUGACCUCACCACUUUCUACCAGAACCCUUCGUUCCACAUCAGUCUGGCCUGGUGUGUGGGUGAUGCACGUCUCCAGCUGGAAGGGCAAUGCCUACAGGAACUACAGGAAAUUGUGGAUGAGUUUGAAGACUCUGAGCUGCUGUUACGUGUACAUGCCGAGCAGGUCCGCUGCAAGUCUGGGAACAAGUUCUUCUCAAUGCCUUUGAAGUGAGCACCAGAGGCCUUCCUUAUCCUGGGCCCAUCUGCAGCCAGGCCAAGGUGGAGGAGCUUCCUAACAUCCAUGGGGCUGCCCCUAGCCUCCCUAUAAGAGUCCCCAGCCACCAUCCUCACUGUUCCUGAGGACUGGUUAGGGAGAACUGUUCCUUUUGGUUACAGGUUGGAUGCUGAUAUUGUGGUCAUUGCCAGAAACCACCAGUAGAGGGCAGUCUAAGCUUCCUAAUUCUGCUCUGUGGUCAUGCCAAGAGAAAACUGAGGGGUCCUGGGGAAGCCUGCCCAUACACAGCCUGAAUCCCCAGGGAGGUCCCUCUAAAACAGCCCUGCUCCCCUUCUUCCCUGGCAGUGGUUUGUAUUUUGAUGUCAUUGGCUUCACGCCAGUUGUUGAAGUUAUCAUGCCCUGACUCAUCCUUAUCAAUCCAAGAUACAGGGGGCUUCCCUGUGUCUGUCACCUCCUCCCUUGAAGCUCAGCUAUCUUUGUUUAUCUACUUUUAAUCUCCCCCUGCCCUGUGCCAGCACAGGCUAUUUCAGGGCCGGGGCACAGGGUGCUAAUUUGUGGUCAGCAUCAGCUUUCUCCGUUCCUUCCUCCCACUCACUCCAGCCAGGUGCCUAGGGAAACUUGAGCAGAUGUUUCAUUUUGGCCUGGCAAUGGCUGCAAGCCAGGCCUCCAACACUCUGUGACCUCUGGCUUCCACCAACUUUCCCAAGGAGGCAGAGUGGUGCCUUCCCCCAGUCAAGAGUUCUGCCACAGCCGCAGUGGCCGGGGCAUUUGGAGAGGGAUGCGGAAGGGGCUGGGAUGCAUAGGCUUGUUAUUUUUUCAUCAGGAAGGGGACCAGUCCUCUCCAAAUGUCAUCUGGGUUUCUGGUAAUGGAUGAACAAAUAUUUUUGUUACAUAAUUUUAAAUUAUGUUCACCAAAUAAAA